UAAUCUAUGUUCACUUUCAUUUUCAGGGGCUGGCCUGACCUUUGAACUUGAAGGAAACAUGAUUUUCACCACUGGAAAUUUAAAAACCAAUGUUGAUAUUUCUAUAGUUUUGACUCGCAUGACUUACAUGUAUGCAAUCUUUGUCCUUUGAGAAGUAACAUUUUUAUUUACCAGAUUUUUUCCUGUUUGAAUUUCUUUUUAUAAGCCAUAAACCAGGGGAUGGCCUACUGACCCAAAUGCAUAGGCCCUCAUGUUGGUGUGACUGGAUGAAGGCCCUGAAAGAGAUAAAUGCAUUUUGGAUGAGGCGCAUGCAAAUUGGUUGCAAUGCCAGAUGUUGUGCUUUAUCUUGCGAAUCGACGUACCAUACACAUUGCAGUUGUUCACCACAUCUCUAAAACUGUAUCUAACGCCACUUUUGUUUGGAGUUUUGAAACUAAAGCAUCAUCGAUGAACGCUGGAUAUCAUUCUGGAGUAAAACUUCCAUGGGCUCUGAAAUCUCCCUUCCUGUGUUAACCCAGUCAACAGACGAACCAACAACUCCGACCAGGCCGAAACCAUAUUUGUCUCACAGUCAGCCCAUGGCAAGCGGCUCAUCUUCCGGCAGCGGUAUGGAUUGGUAUCAAAAAGUUGUUGACGAGCUCAAACUUAUGUACCAUGACAUUUUGUUACCAUUGGAACAGGACUCUGAGUUUGCAGAAUGUCAUUCAGGGUAUCUUGAAGACAGUGACUUCUAUGCUGUCCCACUAGUCCUUAUCAUUGGGCAGUACUCCACAGGAAAGACAAGUUUUAUUCGGUACCUUCUUGGCGAGAAUUUUCCCGGGAUGCGGAUAGGUCCAGAGCCGACAACGGAUUGCUUCACUGUCAUCAUGAAGGGGAAAAAUGAGUCGAUUCUUCCAGGAAAUGCUGUGGUAUUAGAUCGCAACAAGCCAUUCCGCUCUUUGUCUAAGUUUGGAAAUGCAUUUCUGAAUAAGUUCUACUUAGCCCAGAUGGACAACCCAGUCUUGGAUAGCCUGGCGUUUGUUGAUACUCCGGGAAUCUUAUCAGGUGAUGUCAACAUGCUGAACCGUGGCUACAGCGUCUGUGAUGCUCUGGAAUGGUUCGCGUCCAAAGCAGAUCGUAUCAUUCUCCUUUUUGAUGCAUUCAAGCUGGAUGUCUCUGAAGAAUUCCGACGAAGUAUCGAGUCAAUAAGUAAAUAUGAUUACAAGAUGCGCAUCGUCCUAAACAAGGCAGAUUCAUGUGGAUCACGAGAUUUGUUACGUGUUUACGGUGCAAUGUUGUGGGCAUUGGGGAAGGUGUUGUCCUGCUCGGAGGUCGUUAGGGUCUACACAGGAUCAUUUUGGGAUGAACCGUAUGAUUUUGACCACAACAGGAACCUGUUCGAUUUGGAGAAGCAAGCAUUGAUUGAUGAUAUGAAAGUUCUGCCACGUCAUGCCAUUGUUAAGAAAGUGAACGACUUCUGUCGUAGGGCCAGAUUGGCCAAGGUUCAUGCGUACAUCAUCAGCGCCCUGAAGAAGGAGAUGCCGAGCGUGUUCGGCAAAGACGCCAAGAAGAAGGAAUUGUUAACCAAUCUUGACAAGAUCUACAAGCAGAUCCAGCGAGAGCAUAACAUCUCACCCGGAGAUUUCCCACCGAUAGAGCGCAUGCGGGAUAUGCUGAAAGACCAGGACUUCAGCAAAUUCCAGCCGCUGAAGCCCAAGUUGAUUGAACGCGUCGAUAAUAUGCUGGCAGACGACAUCGCUCGUUUGAUGCAGAUGAUACCGCAGGAAGAAGCCAUCAAAUCGGAGCAGCCGUCUGUUAAGGGCGGGGCGUUCGACAUGGUAGAAAAUACGCCGUUUUCUACAGGUGCCUUGGAGGGGGCUGACAGGGGCCGUGGAACCGGUCAGUGGGUAGUCGCAGAAAACCAGGCCAAGUAUAAUGAGGACUUCCAGAAACUUGGCCCGAUCGAUGGGAAGUUGAGUGGAGCGACAGCAAAGGCUGCUCUGUUGAAAAGCAAGCUCCCGCAUACGGUUUUGAGGAAAAUUUGGGAGCUUUCUGACAUUGACCUGGAUGGGUGUCUAGAUGCUGACGAGUACGCCCUCGCCAUGCACUUAGCAGAUAUCAAAGUCGGAGGUGGUGACCUCCCGAAAGUGCUGCCAGAUCAUUUGGUUCCCCCUUCAAAGAAAAAGGAGGGUUUCUCUCCAUAAUGUUUGACAUUUCUAAUGCAGCUGGCCGUGUAUUGUAUUCUCUCAUAUAAUGGCUGUUUUACCUACUGCGGAAUCAACUGUGCUUGCAUGGGUUUUGUUGGCUUGUCUUUAAAAUACAAAAUGAAGUGGAUUUACUUAAUUGUUUCAAGAACUUGAAAAAUAAGGGUUUUUUUGUUGAAUCAGAAUUGAGGAAUCCAUGUGGCAAAGUUGUUUUGCAGGACCAUGGACCAUGAACCUGUAGUAUAUGGACUAGAUUUGAAUGUAGAGAGUGGCUGUCUUUUUAAGUAUCCAACAGAGUCUUCGAAUCAUAAGAGUGGUGAUGAUACUUUUUUGUGGGUUUCCAUCUUUUGGUCUUUGGUCUCUGUCCAGUCUCGUCUUCAACUCUUUUUGAGAAAAUCUCAACUGUGGAAAAUUUUAGAGCAUUUUGGGGUUAGGGCAGCAGGACUGUUUGUCCAAAAAGUAAUGACUCUGUGAAUACUUAUGGGAUGGUCCUUUUGUAGUAUAGACUAACAGAGUUGUAAUUUGAUGUAAAUAAUAUAUGUCCAUACAGGGAUGUACAUGUACAUGAAUGUUUGUGUAACACAAAUUGAAAUUCUAAGCUAAGGUCAUUAUAAAAGGCUUUUUUCAAAAAAGUAAAGCAUUUUAGCAAACUUCUCCUAAUGCUGUUAUACUUUGCACACAUGACUGUGAUGAGGCUUAUUUAGUCAGUCUUAUUCUCGGUAAAGUAAUCAAUUAUCGAGAUGGCUGAGUAAAUACUAGUCUAUUGUGUCUGUUUACAUUUCAUUUGAGCAGAUCAUAAUUUCUCAGGCUUCUUAUCCUCGGUAUCAUUCAUUGUGUUCUAGCCAAAGUAUUAGGAAACAUCUUCCCCGUCUAUCUCCCAUUGCAUUUUAAAGUUUCGACAAACACUUUCCGUUGUUUCAUCGUGAAGCGUUAACCAGACUGUUUCAUGGUAUUGUUAAUCAAGUAACAAUCUUUCCGUCAAAAGUCGAUCAUCAUGCUUGGGUGAUUGAUGAAUAUGAUUCACUACAUAUGUAUUCCUUAUAUAAAUGAUGUCACUUAUGUCAAUUUAUUUAAAGCAAAACUAUGUACAUGUAGUUGGUUGUAUUCCAAUGUAUCGUCAACCAGGUCAGUAGACCACUGGACAUUAGUAUUUGCAUGUUGAGCUGUUCAACAUAAAUUCUUGCUCCCUGGUAAUAUUGUAGUACAUACUUUAUACACUUGUGCCAAUUUCUCAUUACUGGCCUCAGGCAUUCUAAAAAUAUAUUGAGACGAAUGCUGCCUAUGCUGAUGAUUGGAUAUAUGAACGGAUUGGAUUAGAUUAAAAAAAUUGUACCAGUAUGUUUUUGAACAGAACUGUGGAAAUCUAACUAUCAAAAUAACCAAAAACACAGCACAGCUUUCAGUAUUUGUAUUUUGACUGUGCUGUUAAUGAAUAUGUUUGAGAUGCAACUUGUAAGAUUCCCCAGUUACAUCCCUUCUACCAGUUAGAUCCCCGGUACGAUCUCUGAUGUUUUGUACAUCAUGUCGAGGCCAAGUAGGGCUGUAGUGCACAUCCAGUGGAUUCAUUUGGACUUUUUUCAAAGCCGGUGCUGGGGCACUAGUCAUGACCUCGUCGCAUGUCUCACAUGUGGAUGUGUCAUGAUGAACCUAUAUCCCUAAAAGUUGACAAGUUUCCUCAAAAGUGGGACGACAUCUGGCUCCUAAAUUGAACUUGCUUUCAGUUUAUACUACAUACAUGGUCGUAUUUUUAAGCCUUUCCUGCAUGUAUCCGGUCAACAAAUUCUAUCAUAAAAUGUCUGUAACCAACAUUGAUGUACAUAAUUGGCAGGCUCUUGUUAACCUUGUCCCAAGGUAUAGUGUCUGCAUUACACUGCUGUACAAAACAUGAGCUUUAUCAGACCUGGUAACUCAGAGAAGUAAUUUUGUGAGACGCUACAGGGUGCUGCAAAAAUGCAUUGAUUAGUCAUUUAAGGGGGCUUUGUGCCAUUCAUUUCCAGCAGAAAUCCAUACUUAAGCCGCUGGCCUUAUCUGUUUGAAUUUGUUGAUGCAUUUUUGUUACACCCUGUAACUACCUGCAUGUGCAUGUGCAUAGUUAGAUUUAUAGGGUAUAGGACAUGCAUUGUAGGUUGCCAUGUCAAAGCCACGAAAACACAUUAUAUUGUAUAGGCUUUAUACUAGUCAAAUAAACUUAUUGCCACCUCUUCUUAAUGAGACUCGCUAUCUUCCUGAUACUGUCACACAUAAAACUUAAUCCUCAAGGACAACUUGACAAGUCAUGUUUCAAAAACAUUAGAAUCUUGCUGUCUCGGUGGUAUUGUCUGGGUGGUGAUGUUAUUGUAGUUUAGGGAUAUCCUGAUUGACAUCCUGUUCAGUGGAACCUCUUUCAGGAGGCCACUUUCUAUUUAGGACAGUGGUUUUCGUUCCAAAGUGGUUGUGUCUGUACAAUAUUGACCUCGAUAAUCAGGACACUUCCUUAAUGAAGACAUCAUAUAUCAGUCCCAAGGGUGUCCAUGCUAGAGGUCCUGCUGUACUUUGCAAAGAUUCACGAGCCAAAACUGCAUGUCUGAUAAACAGGACACUAAAAAGUAUUUUUCAACAGAUGAAUAUUAAAAACCAUUGUGCUUAUAUGCUUUGGGUACAUUAUUCAUCCAGGAUAAUUGAGAGCCAAAAUGAAUGUGUCAUUAUCACAAACUGAGUAUUUGAUUGUAGCUGUUCAAUGACUCUGCCAAGCUGAAAUAAACAUGUUGAAUUACUGAGUAAAA